UCGUUAUGUGGCUAUUCCAUGGGGCAAAUUAAUGCAGUAGCAUUUGAAACCUGAAAAACCUUGCUGAACAUUCUAGAAUCUACUGUGGUGUCUCUAAUAAGCAACUGUUAACCAUGAGUUGGUUUGAGACCACAGCAUUCACUUCCCUUGCUCGUUCAGCUCUGAAAGAAGCCCAGCGAACUAUAGACAAAGCCCUUGACAUCAGAGAAACUGAACCAUCUGAGACUGGAGAAGCUAUUCAAGACCCAACUUUGGCAAAAUUGAAGGAAGGAUCAGACAGCUUUUUUGCAGAGUUUGGUUUUGGCUCCAGGACAUCCACUGAUCCAAAGGAUUCCCAAUCAUCAGAAGGUGACUUGGACUCGAGCAACCCAAAAGCUGGCAAUGCUAACUUAACAUCCAGCCUCUGGGGUUCAUUCACUGCAUCUUUUUCCGAGAAUACCAGUCUGAGCACAAGCAUUCCAGCAAGUAAAGAGAAGAACAUUGUGGCAGUUCAGCCAAUUCCUAGUUCAAAAAAGACCAACUUAACUCCAUAUGUGGAUCAAACUCCCAACAUAGCCAAUAAACCUGAAAACAGUAACAAUAUUCCCACAUUUGACUCUAUUGUCUUACAGACAUCUUCCACUCAUCCUGCCUCAGCUAGUAAUAAAGAAACAUUUGGUUCUUUAUUUUCUACAAAUUCCCCAAUUCCUCAUAAUGUCACUCCUGCUUCAUCCAUCACAAGUAACACUAUUCCUGACAAUGAUGUUGCACCAUCGCGCGUCUCCCUAUGGGAAGAACCUGCGCCAAACCCCAACAAAUUCCCCGACACGACGUUGUCUGUGGCGUCUGCUGGCACCCUGCAGGAGGUUGGGGCUGAAGAGGUCGACUGGGGCUGGGGAAGCGGCUUUAAUGAGUCCAUAAUUGACGAUAUCAUCAAAGAAAACUUGGAUGAUGAUAGAAGAACAGAUAUUGCUGGUUCUCGAGAAGAAACCCAAAAGUCUACUGUUGUCCAAGAAGAAAUCUCACUCCAUCAUGUAACGCAAGCUUUGGGAGACUCUCUUGAGAAGGAAACGAUGGCGACCGAUUCUGACACCUUAGUCGGGACCAACGAAACGACACGAGAAUCUAUUCAAUGCGGCCACGCAGGAUCUAUUGGCGGAUCUGUAAUGAUCGAUCAGAAAAUAUCUCCGGAAUCAGAGCAGAGCGACGCGGCUGAGGUCUCAAGUCCAGACGAGAGCAUCUCUGCCAGCAGCACCAAACCCUUGAGUUUUGAAAGCCGUAGCAGUGAUACGGAGACUAUCACCACUCGUAGCAUUAGUGGUGAAGAAAGCAUUAGUAAUAAACUAUAUUCUGCCAGCACCUCUUCCGACUCUUUUGCCGUGAUCACAACUGUUGCUUCCUCGUCUUCUUUUGAUGCCAGCGAAGAAUUUCAGAGUCCUCAAUCCCCUUCUUCUGUAAGUAUUGAAGAUAAUUGUGGCUCGGCUCCCAAGUUUCCAGUUCAGGAUUCCAAAAAUCCCUCUACAUUUAUGAACACUUCUACUCAGCGCAGCGACGUUCCAUUGACUGUCCAACCUUCGAAAUCCCCGCUGAAAAUAUUAAACACUUCUUCAGUUAUUGAAUCUCAAGUGACAAGAAGCGAAACUGCUGGACAUCGCUGGGGCAGCUCAAGCAACACAUCAGAUUCAGAUGAGAGUGACGGUAGUUCAGUUCCUGAGACGACCGUCGAGGUGGUCACUGCAACCAUCACAACUCAGCCCAUGGCUGCCGAGACCUCCUCCUCCUUUAACUGGGACAACCAGAAAUGGGAUUCAUGUUCCGAGGAUUUGUCGGCUAGUGAGAGCGUCUACAGCUCCUCGAGCGUCGUGACGCUCGUUGAGAGCAGCGGGAUAUUGACAGCGGACAACACAAUGCCGGAACCACAGAAACUUUCUAGUCACUCGAAUAUUUAUUCAGAGAGUACAGCAACGGGAUGUGACCAGAGUCUGUUAGACUCAGGAUUUUCAGCUGUCUCUAUGACGGAAAACGAACUUUUAUCUGAGUCUACGUCGUGGAUUCCAACUGCGUCCUGUUCUAUACUUAAUGAUGAAGUCAUACCUGUAACGUGUUCAAGUAUUCUUGACCAAAACAUUUCAUCAAAAAUCAAUCGUCAAGCUGAUCAAAACGAGACUAUAAACGAUAUUACCUCGACAGUCUUGGAUGAGAAGGAGCAGAAGAAUGAUGAUGGUUUAUCAAGCUUACCUAUUGUCACCAAUGACGCGUUGAUGUCCGAUUUGCCUUGCAGUAUCGCAUUGGAUGUUUCUGUUGAGAGCGGCGGCAGCUCGGAAACUAUCACGGCAUCCAUGGACUCAACUGCUUUGGUUGGCAUGUCUGGUGACGAUGGAGACUGGAGCUCGCUGGGUGAUGAGACUCCGGUGCCACAUUUGCUUAAAGAAGCUAUGGGAGAGACUGGCAAAUUGUGCGACAAGUUCACUAACCACGAAAACCCUGGCCUGUCAAGCGGAAAAUUCGGGGAUUUUGACGAUCAGGAACGGAACGGCGAGAAUUUUUCGCAUGUAGAUUAUUUUGAAACGCCGUGUGAGGAUACUUCCAAGAAUCACAAUCAAGAUCCGGCUAUAAGCAGUCCUAUAAACUUCAAUGCAAGUUGUACCGAUGAUCUGGAAAUGAGAAAUAAAAUAGAAAACGAAAAAAUCAGCAGCGGAGGGAAAUGUCAUCCUGAGCGUCGGGAAUCUUCUGAAUGCCAUGAAAGUGCCAUUCAGUUGCCGGACGCUGAAAGAGAUUCUAGUCCAUCUUCUUCUGAUAGCUUGACGUCGGAGAUGGUUAAGGUGGGAGGCUCUGAUGAAACUUCGGGGCACACCUCGGGAGACGACUUUGAGACGACCACUUCUUCUGACAUCGAGGUUAUAUCCAGCCCGAGUUUGGACGGCGUGAGCGUGUACAAUGGAAUGUACAACAACCUGGGGGCUUCUGGCAGCGCAGCAAACGGACCAUUUCUCGGCCCCGCCCACAGCACGGCAUCGCGCGUCUGGCAGUCGGCGCAACAACGAUUUAAAUCUCUGCUUGUGGAACCAACGAACACGAACAAUAGUAGUGACUCGAUGGUAUCACCCUCCAUGACCGCGAGCUUCACGAGCAUCAGUGAGAGCGAGGGGGCGGGGGAGGCGUGGGGGGUGCUCGGGGGGGCGACGUCUCCCCCCCGCGUCAGGGUGAAGAAAGGGGACGCGGGUUCCCAACAUUACUUCGAGAGAGGUCACACGAGGAAUGAGAGCACACUGAGCGAGACCAGCGAGAGCUCCUCAGAGCAGCUCGCUCCUGACUGGGAGAAGCUCAGCAAGCGCGUGGGCGAGCUGAGCGAAGUGCUGGAGGUGAGAGAGCAGCGACUGCUGGAGCUGAGUCAGCAAAACGUCUCAAUUCAAGAGCAGAACCAGGCACUGCAACUGAGAGUGCAGGAGCUGGAGGCGGCUGGAGGAGGUGGCAUGGAGGGCAUGGAGGCGCUACGGGAGGAGUUCACCCAGCGACUUGCCACCAUGGAGAAAAAAUUCCAGCAAGCUUUACGAGAGAAGGAAACUCUUACUAGACAGCUCGAGACAUUAAAAAUGGACUCUGCGACGCGGCUGAGCAGCAGCGAAGUGCAGGCGCAGCUACAGGAGCGCGACACGGUUAUUGCUGAGCUGCGCGCUGAGGGAGAGAAGCUCAGCAAACAACAGCUCAGUUACUCCACUACCAUCAAGAAGCUGAGAACUAAAGAAAAAGAACUCGAUAAUAUAUUAAGAAUGUGCAGCUCAAAGGCCGAGAAUCAGCAGCUUGAGAUCGAGCGUCAGCACCGUCAGCUGCUGGCCAAGUGUGAGGUGGAGCGACGUCAGGUGAGCGCCAUCACGCAGCUGACAGUGCAGCUGCAGCAGAUGCAGGAGCAGAUGAAGGCUGUUACAGCUGAUGCAGCUGAAACUCAGGGCAAGAUGGACGUGCUAAGAGAUGCACUUGAUGCUGCUUACAGAGAACUUGGCGAAGCGAAACGUCAGGACUCUGCACGGGCUGCAGAGCUUGCUGAGCAGACUCUGAGUGCAGAAGUAGGCGCUAAGCAGCAGCUGCAGGAAGCUCUGCUGCAGCAGCAACGUCUUGCCAGCAAGGAGAAGCAAUCGCUGCUCCUGCAGAUCGAGGAGCUGCAGGAUGAGAAGGAACGCAUCCAGCAGACUGCAGACCGGUUUGAGGCGGAAAAGAGCGCCGCCGCCAUGGCUGAGCGCCACAGGAGCACCAGCGAGCAGAGCGCUCAGGCGCUCGUGCAACAAGCAGCCAUGCAGACCCAGGUGGAAGGCCUGAAGGCUGAGAACGCCUCCCUGGCUGCCAGAGUGCAGAGUCUGGCGUCGGCCGUGUCGAGACUUGAGGAAGAGAAAGCGAGCUGCCGAGAUGAAGCCAGCUCAACGCGCGCCAGCUUAUCUCAGGAGCUGAGCGCUGCAAAAGCUGAGUGUGAGAAGCUCAAGUCUCAGCUUCAGCUCGAGCUGACCGCGCUUGAAGCUGAGAAGAAGCGCAAUGAGUCGCUUCAGCAGCACAUCGCUGACCUGGACAAGAAGAAAAAGCGCAACGAGUCGCUUCAGCAGCACCUCGCUGACCUGGACAACAAGAAGGGCGGUGGUGGCGGCAGCGGUGGCGGGGGCUGCAGCAGACAGUCGUCCCCGACGCCUUCUCUGUCCCGCCUCUCCAUCUCUGGCUCCAUUAACUCCUUCAUGGCCGGCAAUUAUGCGGACGACGUGUUCGAGGGCGUGGGUUGGGGCGGGACUCUACGGCAGCAGUCCUCCCUGUACGAGGCUCUCAGGGGCGGCGCCGCGACCACCGUCGAGGCGCUCACGUCUUCUCUCUCCCAGCGCGAGGGUGAAGUGCACUUGUUGCAAAGUGAGAUGGCGCGACACGAAGCGCAGCGAGAGAGUCUAGCAGCUGAACUGCUGCAGCUGACCGAGCAAGUGCAUCAGCUGCAGCAGCAGCUCAGUGAUCACAAGCAUCUGAAGCAGCAACUACAAGAUGUUUCUCAGAAAUAUAAUGCAUUACUUCAAAUGUAUGGUGAAAAGGUGGAAGAAGUCGAUGAACUGAGGUUGGACUUGGCGGAUGUCAAAGAAAUGUACAAGGCUCAGAUUAACCAGCUGAUGAAGCAGUGAGGGCCUCUCGUCCUUAGCUUGUGAAUGCCUAGCUUCCAUAUAAUAAAAGGAUAUUAUUACUAUAUUUAUUGAACACUACGGCCAUGCUGCGAUCAUAAAUUAGUGACAGCUAUGACUUCUUCAAAUGCUUCUUUAAUCUUCUUUAUAAUCUACUGACAAAUUUAUUUAUAUAUAUUUGUAUAACUUUUUCCGCUGGCAACAACUGGGAUAUUUUCAGUUGUUGGAUCCCGCUUAAGAACCGAAAUAAUAAACACGUAGUAGAGAACCGAUUGAGAACCAAAAUGAUAAACACGUAGUAGAGAACCGCUUAAGAACCAAAAUAAUAAACACGUAGUAGAGAACCGCUUAAGAACCAAAAUAAUGUGUACGUAUACACAUGGUAGAUAAGGGUGAAAAUAUUGCAGUUUGUUUUGUGUUUAUAAGGUUUAUGUUUUUCAUAAUUUGUAUUGUUAAUAUGGCGAUGUUAAUUAUCUACAUU